AUGGUUAUAAGACUAACAGCGAGAUGCACUCAACUUAUAUUAGCGUUAUGUUGCAUACUCGGAUUUUGUGUUUCUGAAUCGCCCUAUAACUCGUCAUUUACCCCAGAUCACAUACGGUACCUCAAGAACGAAACCACACUCCUAUUUCAACAUGCAUGGAGGUCAUACAUGACUCAUGGGUUUCCCUUUGACGAGGUUCGGCCCAUAACUUGCGAGCCAUAUGGACCCGAUUACAAAGAUUACACUAAUACCGUGAGAAAUGAUGCAAUGGCGAAUAUUUCGCUGACAUUGUUGGAUAAUAUCGAUACCUUGAUAAUAAUGGAACAAUGGGAUGAUUUGGAGUUCGCGCUACGGUACCUCAAAGAGAAUCAAGUUGAUUUCUUCAAUCAAGAUGCCAUUGUUCAAGUGUUUGAAACAACAAUCCGGUUUUUGGGUGGAUUAUUAAGUGCACAUUUGAUAUUGACAGAUGUGAUUAAGAAGGAUAUCCAUCUACCGCCGUCGUACAACAGAUUUAAACAAAUAGGAGAGAAUUAUGAUGGAUUUUUAUUGGACAUGGCGUAUGACCUAGGUCUCAGACUCAUCCCUUCAUACAAGACAAAGACAAACAUCCCCUUCCCACGGAUUAAUUUGAAAACUGGAUUGAGAAACGUGCCUCCCAACUUGCAAAAAGACGCGUGUACUUCCGGUGUUACAACUCCAGUAUUGGAGUUCACGUUGCUUUCUCGAUUGACUGGUGAUUUCCAAUUUGAAUACUACACCCAACAAUCAUUUUGGAAGAUUUGGACUUCAAAACUGGCACUCAAUUUGAUGCCAAUGUCUAUCGAUCCAUUCGAAAAUAAAUGGAAAGAUACAAUAACGGGGAUUGGGGCAUCGAUCGAUUCCUUUUACGAAUAUGCUGCGAAGGGAGCUAUAAUUUUUGAUGAUGAUGCAAUGUGGUCGGUGUUUCAUACAUCUUAUAAGGCGCUCCUAACUCAUCUGGCGCAGGUUAAUCAUGGGACAAUGAUAUUUCCCAACGUUGGCACUGAGGAUGGGGUUAUUUUUAGUGACUGGAUAGACUCAUUGGGGGCAUUUUGGUCGGGACUUCAAGUAUUGACUGGGCACUUGUCACAUGCAAUUCAAACGCAUAUUGUGUAUUUGAAAAUAUGGGACUACUUUGAUCUGAUCCCCGAAAGAUGGAUCUAUGCACAUCAUAAUCGAAACAAGAGGAAAAAGUUCAAGGCGGAUGACUCGAUUGCAUUGGAAUGGUAUCCGCUCAGGCCAGAGUUUAUUGAAAGUACUUAUUACUUGUACCGUGCCACUAAAGAUCCCAUGUAUCUACAUAUUGGAGAAAGGAUUCUUACUUUGUUCCAAACUAAAUACAAAGCUGAGUGUGGAUUUAGUGGGAUACAGAAUAUUAAAACUGGAGAACGGCAAAAUCGUAUGGAGACUUUUGUGAUGGGGGAGACUUUGAAGUAUUUGUACUUACUAUUUGACGACGAAAAUAGAGUGUUCCUUCACAAACCCGAGUUGAUGAGUUCAAAAAAUUGGGUGUUCUCAACGGAAGCGCAUCCACUUUGGUUUCACAAGGGAUUGAGAAGUGGCGGACAAAAUCUGCAGUUCAAUGCUUAUGCGGCUAAUUUAAUCCCCGACGACAUCGCCGACGAGCAAUUUACUCCAGAAAUCUUUCGCAACACGACAGUUCGACAACCUAUAAUGUAUGACAUCCCUGGUCAUGAAUCUAUUUCCCAUGUGGGGAAAAAGGACCCAUUUGGUGACCAAUUCGACGCCUGCGAGAUGAGUCCAUUGGUGAAAAGUAAAACAGGCUUUCUUGAAUCGAGCUAUUACGAUUGGCCGAAUUUAUUUGGUGCUGAUUUUGCAUUCUCUAAAUCGCUCAUUAAACCAUCGUAUGCCAACAAAACUAAUUUGGAUGACAGUUAUAUCGAGUUGAGUCGGGAUUUUUUUGACAAAUUUACUACUUUUGACACACAACUAAUGUCGCAAAGGAUGCCAACAACAACCAGCUACGAGGUAUUUUGGGGCGAUGUGAAGGAUUCCGGGUUUGCCGAAGUGUCGGAGUUGACAUUUAAUGGUCAAAACGAAACCGAGUCCAUUAUAUUACCCGGUGAUUUAUGGGUUCCAGCUUUGCAGGGACUAAGAAUUAAGGUUGAGGAGUUGACAUUGGGCUCGAUUGAUUCGAGGAACCUUGUAAUUACGAAAGAGCACAUUUUACAGGUCCAAGGUGAAGUUGACGAAGAUAGUACAAUAAAGAUGGUGACUGACACAACAUUGCGUAUUCACAGAGUUAAUGGGGUAGAAGUGAAGCAGGGUGCAAUUGUUUGGACCUUACCAUUCCAACCGAGUCCGAGAGACAGAAGUGAGAUUGGAAUCACCAAGGAAGGGCGUGUUGUCAUACAGGGCAAAGUGGUGGAGAACUUGAUUGUAUGGUAUGGAUAG